AUGGCGAAUUUUAGUACUCCGGUUUACCCGUGCACUGAGCAGGUAAUUCCAUUUUUCUGUGAGUUUCUUUGAGAAAAUUUCGAAAUUUCAAGGAGAAUACAACAACAUUGCUCACCGUGCUCUCCGAUUUAUCUCUGGUUCUGGGAGGCCUAAUUUCAAAUAUGUGCCUCCACGUAGUUUUCUCUGGUCGCCCAAAAUUAGCAACUGCUAGUUUUUCAUACAUCAGGAUUAUUGGAAUAUUCCAAUUCAUGUUUUUCCUAACACCAUUUCCACUGAAAAUUCUAACGGACAAGUAUCAGAGGUUAUUUCAAAAAAUUAAUUCCAGAUACAAAAAAAAAUUUCAGGGGGAGUACGUGGAUUGCUGUCAACUUGUUGCCAAUUAUACUUUCUUUUGUACAUUUUGUAAUUUCCACGUUGUGCUUAUGUUUUGCAAUGCGACUUUUAUUGUUGUUGAAUUGUAUAAGAGUAAGUUCUCACAUAUUUACAACUCUUAUGAAGACUGAAAAAACUCACCAAAAACAAAACUGCUGCCAUUUUCAAUAUUUCUGUAAUAGUGAAAUGAUUUGAAGAAAUGAGGACGUCUGAAAAGUCACGUCACUUUUAUUUUUUUUAAUUUCUCAUUUCUUAGCGAUGCCGUCGCUGGAAUUCGCUCUCCUGGGUCGCUUGGCAAAAAAUGUUCUGCCUAUUUCCAGUCGGCACAAUUCUCAACAUGCCCCUUUGCUUCGAAUAUGUUAUAUAUUACAAAGCAUGUUUAAUUCAGUAAGUGAAACCUACUGCGUCCUUCCAAUUCUGAAACUUUUGUUCCAGUGGUCGUAUGGUGAUGAUGAGUGAAACUCAUAAAACCGAAGCUGCCAAGGACAAUCAUUUGAAGGCUGAUUGGAUUCGAACAAUUCCGGCAAUUUUAUACUGUUUUUCUGCGGUUUGCACAUUAACAUUCAUGAUAGCUGAAAGAUGUAUAUUGCCAAAACUGAGCAGUCCAUACGCUGCUAAACAUACCCCAUUAUUUUCUAAUCUUCUUCCACUUUUGCUAUCUCUAAUAAUCUCGCAUUCGGUGGCAAAUAUUGGUAUUGUCUAUCAUGUGAUAUUCUACGGUUUUGACUAUUCCGAAGUCUUCGAUGAACAUCGCAUGGUAAAAAUCUAAAAAUUUCUCUGAAAAUUUUCUGUAAUUGCAGAACAUGCUAUUCGCCAUUUCCUAUAGUUUACCAUUUCCAUUAAUGUUGAUUUUGAGUAGCACAUUUCGAUCGCAUCUGUUUCAUAUAAUCAGUAACUUCGUUCAGGGGUAAGAAUAAGAAAAAUAAAACCAAAAAUUAGUUUUGAAAUAAAACACAAGGCGGGUUUUAGCAGGCCAAAAAUGCGCAAAGAUUCGACUCUGCGAAAAGUCACAUCUCAAAUCACCAAACAUAUGGCUUAUAGUAAAUUGGAGAUGGAGAAUUCGGAACUAGACAAUCGGAUGUACCCAUUGAAAGCGUGAGUUUCCACACUCCCUAAUUAAAGAUCCCAACAUUCUAUUUGAAGCUAAAUUUUUUUAGAACUUCAAUGCGAAGUAUGUUGCGAGAAGACGCGGUUUACCGUGUGAAAUUUGCGAUUCCUCAACAAACCGUUCAAAUAAUUGAGGAAGAACCAGAUGAGGUUUCAAGAUGGGAUUCAGAUACACUUUAA